UCCUGCCAGGCCCCGUUACCGAGGGUCCCCGCUUCUCCCUUGAGCCUCGCCUGCCUGGCCCUGUUACUGGGGGUCCAUGUUUACUGCUAGGCCCUAUUACCUGGGUUACCCACUUGCCCCCUGGUUCCUAAGCCCUGCCUGCCUGGCCCUGUUACCGAGCUUCCCAGCUUCCUGUAGGCCCCUGCACCCGGCCUCGUUACCGGGGCUCCCUGCUUCCCCCUGAUCCCCAAGCCUUGCCUGCCUGGCACCGUUACCAGGAUCCCUGCUUGACCCCUGUAGCCCCAUUACUGCUAGUCCCUGCUGCUCACCAGGCCCCUUUGCUUCACUUAAUCAUCCCCAUUACUGGCGAUCCUAGCUUCCCCUUGGCCCCUGCACUGUGCCUGCCUGGCCCUAUUACUGGGGCUCCCCGCUUCCCACUGGUCCUGUUACUGACAGUCCCCUCUUUCCGCUGGCUCGUGCACCCUACCUAACCGGCCCUGUUACCAGCGCUCCCCAGUUCCUGCCUGGCCCUGUUACUGGGGGUCCCCACUUCCCCCUGGGCCCUGCCCUCCUGGCCCCAUUACUGGGCGUCCCUGCUUCUCCUUGCCCUCCUGGCCUUAUUACUGGGGGUCCUCACUUCCUCGUGUCCUCCUGGCCCUGUUACUGGGGGUCCCCGCUUCCCCCUGUCCUCCUGCCCCCGUUACCAGUAGUCCUAUCUUCCCCCCAAAACCAGUGUGUGGGGAGGUGCCCUGGCAACAGUGAUCAUCCACCAGGUCCCGAUGGAGUCCCAGGUGCAGGCAGUGGCCCAGGGCCACGACCCUGGCCCCGUGUUCGGCAAGGUGGCUGCUGAGGUGAUCGAGAGCAUGCUGAUCUGCCUGGCCACAGAGAACGAGCAGGGCCUUAGUGAGCUGGUGGAGGAGGCUGGGUGCUUCAAACAGACACGGAUAGUGGAAUUUGUGUUCCUUUUGGCUGAAAAAUGGCACUUGGACCACUCAGCAAGGUACCAAGCAGUGGAGUUACUUGAAAGGUUUAUGAUCAAGCGAGUAGAACAAAUCUGUCAGUCUUCCAGCGAGAACAUUAAAAGUCGUGAGCAAGGACAGGGGAGCAGCAGGAGCUCUCUGAAAGAUCAGCUGUACGAUACGUUAGUCCUGCGGCUUGUGUCUUGCAUUCAGCUUGCAAGCAAACUUUCUUUGCACUACAAUAUCGUUAACAAUAACACCGCUGUAAAAUUCCUGCAGUCCUUAAAAUACUCGUACACUAAACAGGAGUUGCUGGAAUCGGAGCUUGCUGUUUUAGAAACACUGCAGUUCCAGAUCAAUGUGUCGACUCCUUUGGUGUACGUGGAAUUGCUUCUGGAGGUUUUAGGGCAUAACGGCUGCCUGCUUCCUGCAAAACCUUUACAUCAGAUGUGCAUGGAACUCCUGGACUUCUCCUACCUCAUGAGAGAUACUAUCUACGACACUUUGUUGAAGAUUUCCAUCGAAAAUUCCACACCCAGCAAACUGCAGGUAGCAAAGUUUUUGACCGUGAAGGAAGAUUUCAUGCUCUUGGCUGUCGGAAUCAUCAGCACAAGUGUAUUCAUAUUAAACCCUGAGCUCUGGAAACAGGUUGUGGAGCACUUGGACUGUGUCACUGGCAUCACAUCGCAAAGUAUCUUAGAGUUCUCUUACGCAGUACUGAAGCACAUCAUUGGCAGCACCACCCCGACACAGCACUACAGGAGAAGUGGAACAAACGCUCCGGAGAGAAGGAUUGUGCUGCUUAAAUGAGAGCUGCCUUCCAUAAGCAGUUGCUACCACCUUGGCAGCAAGCUGCUGUGAUAUUGCACAGGGCAUCCAGCGUCAUUUGGCUUUACUUUUGGUUUCAAACCCUGGUUUUCUGUCCCAUUUUGUGUGUUCUGUGUUCAUUGGAAAAGCUUGUUCAUUUAGGCAAUACACCAGUCCUGUGAGGGGAGGCACGCAGAAGCAAUCCAGCCUUCAGAAACACCUCUUUCAGCAUCAAAAGCUUU